CAUAACCGCAGACAGCCAUUUUGUCUGAAAAGUCGUAAAUAGUGUGGACUAAAACUUUUUAUCGCCAUUUAGCUCAAUUGGUAUCAAAUUAGCAGUAAAGUCUGACUUGGAUGGUGUGCCAUUUCAAUGGCAGGCUGAAAAUCCAAAAAUGAACACAGCAGAUGAUCCUGCUCAUACAGGCUUUAGUGAAGGUCAGAGCUUAUUGCAAGAUCAUGCUGUACAGCAUGUUAAUGAAGCAGAAGUUGUUAAAGAUGGAUGUGAGGAAGAUUUACAUGGUGAAAAGGCGGAAGAAGCACAAAAUGUUGUAGAUAAUGUUUUAGAAACUCCUGUAAAGACCUGUUCCAAUGUGGAAACAAAGGGAAGUACACAGAGUGAACAAGGUGAUGUUGCUGCAAGAAGUGUUUCCGUCACCUCCCAUGAUAUAACUUCUCAGGAGAAGAAAGAGUCAGAGGCAGAAAUUGGAACAUGCCACGGUUUAGAGCCAUGUUCUCCAUCUGAAAUACCUCUUCCUGACGAGUUAGAUGUACCAGCUAACGAGUUGGAUGUACCAGCUAUUGAUAAUAACACAGCAGAUGAUGCAGAUGCUUCAACUGGAAAUGUAAAACACACCAGUGAACCACAGAAGAGUGAUUGCGAUAAUGUUUUAAUUAGCAUUAAAGAUACUACACCUGGUUCUUCAAAUGGCAGUGCUGAUAUCAUAUGUACAAACCAAUUUCCUGAAAAAGACCAACUUGAUCAUAACAAUGAAGAUGGUAAUUCUAGUAAUGGAAAUAAAAACGAUACCAUUAAUUUUGAAAAAAGUGUCGAGGAUGAUGCUGAUGGACUGCCAGUUAAAGACACUGGAAACCUAUCUAAAGAAGUUUCAUUGCAUGAUACAGAAUUUGUAUCAACCCCUCAGUUGCCAAAUAAUGACAACAAACCUAGUGACAUUCGGAAUGGUGAUACUGAAGCUCAGCCUUAUUCCUCUACGGAAAAUAAAGGUCAAAAGGCGGAAGUAGCUGUAGCCGAAAUAGCAACUUCAUGCAAAGACAUAGAACAGAAUGAAGAAUCCCAAGAUGAAUGCCAGAUUGGUACUAUUGAAGCAUCCUUGACAGAGUACUUCAGUUCUCAGGAAAAUGAAGGGAAUGAAUCUUCUGAACAACAAAUUGAUGUUGAAGGUGCUAAUAAACAUGUUGGUGAAGAUGAAAGUUCUGAUGAGCAGUCAAAUAAAGAAUCAGAUGACAUUCUUAAUGAUGGUAAAGUAAUCAACAGUGGAAAUGAACAACCGCAUUCUGGUUGUAGUAAUGAUGAACAAAAAGUCAAUGAGGCAUCAGAUGAUCAAAACUCAACUACUCAUAAACACAAAGGUGAUGUUGCAAAACCUACUUUGUCCAAUAAAGACAAACUAGAUGAGAAUUCAAGUAUUCAGGAAAAAGAUCAAAAUAUUGUCUUACAAACUGAACAAUCUGAAACUAAUAAUGGGAUUAUUGAUUCUAAAUCUGAUACUUCAGAAGAUUGUCAAGUAAGUGCAACAAUCAGUAAAGGCAGAACCAGUAGAUCUUCAAGUGAAUCGAGGAAUGUGUUCCAAAUGUUUCCAGUUCAGCAAGAUGCAAGUCAUAUGGAUUCUGUUAAAGAUGAAGUAAAUGAUGAAAAAGCAAGUAAUUCUGAAGUCACAAACAGUGUAAAUAUUAGCAAUGAUUAUAUUGGUUCAUUUGAAACAUUUAUUAAGAAACAAACAGAUGUUGGAAGUAAGAAUUCAACAAAAUGUCAACGAAAGCCAAUCUUCAAACCUAAAAGUGGAAGAAGACAUAGAAGUUUAGAUAAAAGCUGCCAAGAAGAAGUUUUUGUUUCAAAAGAAAAUAUUAUUGAGAAAGCUAAAUUGAAAUAUCCAGGUUUGAAAGAAUUGAGGAUUGAUUUAAGUAUGAAAGACUUAGUUGAUCCAGCUAAAAAGAUUUCUGAGGAAAAACCAUCAAAAACAGUGUCAAAGAAAUUUAUUGGCCGAUCAACAAAACAGAAAGAUCAUAAAAGAGAUCAGAUCUCAGAGAAAAAUGCUAGCAAAAACCAGUCCACUAGAGGAUUGGCCCAUGAACUGAAGUUAUUGCAUGAACCUUCCAUUCAUCACAAAAUUUCUGCCCAAUAUUCAAAUGAUAGAUCAAAACCACUAAAAAAGCGGACCAGGCAUGGGUUAGAUGGAAAUGAACAAGUUGAUUUAAAAGAUACAAACAAAAUUGAUUUUGAUAAUAGCAAGCCAGCAGACAAUAUUCGAAAGAGCAAGCUUGAAAAACCUGCUGAUAUACCAGAAAAGGUAAAAAAGUCCUUGAAAUCAAACAGUGCUGGUAAACUUUUGAAGGACAAUAGUAAAAUAAAAACAGGGGACAAACUGACCAAUAGAAGCAAAAAUGCCAAGGCGAUCAAAGAAAUAAAAAGUAAAGACUCUAAAACAGAAAAAGCAAAAACAGUACCUCAACAAAAACAGCAGGUUAAAGGUAAAUGUGACAGUUCUAGUAAAAGAAUCACAUGUGGAUCUACAGAGAACAAACAAAAUGAAAAAAUGGAGGGGACAUUAAAUGUUUUAAAGGCUGCAGAUAGGCGUACAGGAGAAGCUGAAUCAGUAACAUGUAAAACUGAUAAACAAAUAGAUACUAAGGUACCAGUAGUGAAAAAAUACCCUGAAAGAACAUGUAAGGCAAGAUUGAGUGUAAACUCAUAUAAUUCCAGUAAACAGUCAGAAGAAACCCAAAAAACAAAACACAAAACACUUUCCCUGUCUAAAGCUACUGUGCAUAAUUCUUAUGAAACAAAUACUGAGAAAUCUGCUGAAACUGCAGAGCCUAAAACUGUUCUGUUAGUUCAACACCCUGACAGUAAAUCAAAGAAAAAGAGAAAACGAAAAGUGAAACCAUGGUCAUGGGGUAAUGAAAAGAAACGAUACAAACCAAAGUUGAAAGUUCAGAGUGACAAUAUUCCUCGGAGCGAGACUUCAGAAAGUGACACUGUCAGUUCAAAUUUAGUGAGUGAUGAAGCAAUGCAAGAAAAUUCAGGAAAAAGUGAAACUGAUCAUCAGAAAAAAUGUGAAGAUGAAGUGGCAGGGACAAACAGUGAAAGGGAAAUGUAUUUGAAUAAUAACCAAGAGCAUGACUUGGUGCAUGAGGCACAAACCUUAGCUGACAGCUUGUCAAGUCUGGUGAGACCAAAUUCAAACUCAAAGAAAAGUAGAAGGAAUAGUUUGGUGAUCAAAAAGAGAAUUUCUAGACACACUGAAACUCAUAAUAUGCUGAAUAUAGGAUCUCAAAGUGAUCAUGAAAAUCCAGAUUCUGGCAAUCAUUUGAUUAACAAUCCACCUGGUAAUUUGAUUCAAAUAAAUGACGGACUCGAACAAGAACAUGUUCCUGAACAUGAUGAAAAGUCUUCAGAUAGUGGCAUUCAAUCUUUAGCUGGUUCUCCUGCUGGCAAUGAAUCUCCAAAUUCAGUAUCUAGUGAAAAUUUAAGUGCUAAUGGUAACAAGACAUCAAAAAAUUGUUUAAAAACUUUGUGUAACUCUCAUUUAUUACCAUCAUCAGCAUCAUCAGUUGUUACCAAUGACAAGAUCUCAAUUUCUUCAAAUGAACUAGUCUCAAGUGUUUUAUGUGCAACUGCAUCUUCAAGUGUCAGUUCAUUCUCUGUCACAACAUCGGUUAAAUCAAUGUCUGAAACAACGACUGUGUAUUCCAAGAACACCCCUCUUUCAUCUCCUGUUGUUUCAACAUCAUCUGCUUAUACUUGUUUAAAUGUAAACACUACAACAAACUCUGCUUCAUUGUCUGAUUCAAGAAACUCAGUGUCAUCCUGUGUGAACAGUGCUCAUUCACCAAGCAAAAAGAAGAACAGAGCAAAGUUCCUGCAGUCACGAAAGUCAAGCACAUUGUUGCAGAAAGGCAGACUACCAACAGAGGAAGAGAAAGAACAGAGGCUUGAAGAUAAAUUUGACUAUUUAAGUAGAAAUUGUGCCAAAGAGAAGUGUGACAACUGUACAACAGGAAAUAAUGAACAUUCGCUCAUAAAAAACAGUAAUACGCUAGAUGUUGCUGCCAGUGCAAUACAAAACAGUGCUAAUUUUGCGCCAAAUGUUCCACUGAAUUCAUCAAGUGAUUUGACAACAAUUAAUGUUAAUGAUAUUUUACCCUCAGAACAUGAAGAUGAUCGUGAAUCUCAUUUUCUUACUAAUUCUCCUGAACAAGAAAUAGUGGAAAAGAUUAUUUCUCACCUACCACUUGAGGUUCCAGAUGUGGAGACAUACAAGCAUAAAAAGAAAAAGAAGUCAAAAAAGAAAAACAAGAGAAAAAGGUCCCAUUUGGAAACAGAGCCGACUGAAGUAAAGAAGGGUAAAUAUAUUGAAGAGGAACAUUCUGAUAUAAAAACAGACGAAAAUGAAAGUGCUAUAGAAAAUAAUUUCAAAGAACAUGAGGAUUGUGUUAAAGCAUCAUGUUCGAUGAAUACUGAACAUGCUCAGGUAUUGCAUGAGUCUGAAUCUGAAUUACCAAAACAGGAUGACAAAGAUAUUGAGUUAGAAACUGAAGUGACACCUGUGCCAGUUUCAUCUGAAUCAGAAAACUUUUGUCAGGAUAUUGUUAACUCGCUAGUGGCAAUAGUUGAAAACUAUAGCAGCCAAAUUACUGACUCAUACGGUGAUAACAAUGAAGAACUUGAAGCUGAUCUACACAGCACUGAAGAGAUAGAAACAACUAGUAGGGUUGCAAAUGAAACUGAUAAUGAGAAAACAGAACACCAAGAGCCUAUCUCAGAAUGUGAAGAUAAUGAUGACAAUUUAGAUAAUGAAAUAGAUGAGAACUUAAAUGCUAUGGAAAACCCGGAGUUUGAAAUCCGUAAUGUUAUUGAUGGCAUUCAGACUGUUAUUGAAAACUGGGACAAUGAUGAUCAUAGCCCAGUAGAUGAACUGUCAGACAAAAUCAUAACAGAGGGUUCAUCUGAUACUUCAAAUAUUACAGCAGUCUUUCCAUUACAGCGGAAACGUGGCAGGCCACCUAACAAACGCAAAAAGUCAAAAAUAUUAACAUUGCAGAAGUACAAAAAUAAGUACAGAUACAUAAGCUUUAACAAAUUUAAGUGCAAAGCAGCUCAGCCUCCUCAUAAAGUCCAUCAAGAAAUGUUCAUAAAACGUGGCCCAGGAAGACCCAAAGGUUCCAAAAAUAGGGUCAAAAGUAAUGUUGUGAAAGAGAAAAGACCAAGAGGUAGACCUAAAGGUGCAUUGAACAAGGUAAAAAAACUAAAUGUGGAGCAAACAAUGCCAAAUGGUUCAGCAGCAGCAAGUGUUCAAGGAGCACAUGAAUUUGAGAGCCUGCAAGAGAAUGGUUUUGCUCCUCCCGUCAUGAUGCAGUGGAGGGAAAGUAGGGUCAUGCCUGGAUUGGGAGAGGAGAAAAAGAAAAGGGGGAGACCUAGAAAACGGCCUUUGCCAGAAGUUGGACAGAAACCAAAAAAAAGAGGAAGACCAGUUUUGAACAAAAACAAACUUUUACAUGAUAUUCAUUCAGAGAAUGAUUCCAGUUUUAAAAAGAUAGAUAAUGUUGCUGCCCUAGGACCAAGUCUUGAUAUAAGAAGGAAACCUGGGAAGAAGAAGGGUUUUAAACAGAAUAAAUUAAGACAUCCUUCUAGUGUAUCUGAUGCCUUGAUCUCACCUGGUAGGCUUGACCAGGAGAUGGACACUGAAGGACAUGACUUUAGUGUUCGGGAACCUGCACAGUCAAUAAGUUCUCACGACUCUGACAACAGUGGUGUUGGGAGUAACUUGUGUGCUAAAACGUCAGCCAUCCAGCUGUGGAUGGAGAUGAGUAAACACAGGCGGAAAAAGAACAAGAAAAAAAUGUUUCAUUUUAAGAGCAAGCAUAAGAACAUUGUUGACCCAGUUUUCAUUGCUGAAGUUGACCUAGUUACUGAUGUUUUUCCAAGUUUGGCCAUUUCUCCAAGUGGCGAAACCUAUCUUAGAGUAAGACCUGGGGAGGUGCCUUUGCCAUCUAUUUUUAAGAUUGUGAGAAUUGAUGUGAAGAAAAAGAAAAAAGACAAGCUGUUUGUGUUUGAAAAAGCUAAGCCUUUAAAGCCAAAGAAUGAUGAAUUGUCGACUAAAGACAAGAUUAAACUAGGAAGAAGGAUAAGCAUUCUUGGUGAGAGUUCUAUGGACCUAGAUGAUGGCAGCGGUCAAAGACAGUGUAACCUGCCGCCGAAGAAGCGCCAUAAGCUGUUUUCCAUCGGUGCAGGGGAUGAUGGAAAGCCAGAGAGACGUAAAGUUGGACGUCCCCGGAAACAGUCAGCCCCACAUCAACCGUCUGAGUUUGCCUUUGGAGAUGUCCAGCGUAAGAAGGAUACAUUCAAGCUUGGUGAUGAUGGUAGUGAUGACAUCUCUUUUGCCUCCGUGGCCAAGUCUGGAUCCUCUGCGGCCUUCUCCCCUCCACGGCCCCAGGUCACUGGGGCUGACCCUGUAUCCAUGGCAACCACCUUAACUUUCACCACCAAGGUGGGGUCAGUGGCCAGAUCUGGAAAUGGGCACAAGGUCACAUCUGGCAGUAGUGUCACCUGUGGUCAAAUGGAUUUAACUAGUAAGGAUUCUUCAAAGGAUAAGACCGUUCUGAAAGGUUCACUUCUUGGUGGAAUAAAUCUAUCUUCUGAAGCUACUGUUAGUGUUGAUGAUGCUGAUGAUAUCUGUGAUAAUGAUUCCAAUGAUCUUGAGGUGGAAAAGAUUAAUGCUAGUGCUAAUCAUAGGUCAGAUGAAUGUGCUGGGAAUAGAAAUAACUUAAAAAGAAAACAUGUUAAAUCAGACAAGUUAAAAUCAACCAAGAAAGCUAAAAAAAGGAAGCUGCCAGGAGAUGGAGUGACCGAGGGUGGUGCUGUGAGGACGUCUCGCCAGACAAUCUGCCCGGAGUCCCAACCACUUCCCACAAUCCAUCGGGAAGAUGGAUGCCAUAGCGAUCCUGAUGACGAUGAUGGAAACAAGGGGAGCAAAAGGCGUGGGUCCGCGGAGAGCCGGGAAAGUGACACAAGCAUUGUGAAGAAACAGUCGACCCUGCAGAAGAAGCGCUACCAGAAGGCUGGCCUUUACUCUGACUCCUAUAAGGACGAGAGUGGUGUGAAGGAGAAAGACAUGAGCAGUAUGAUCUUCUCGUUUGACCCGCCCCUCCACUUCGGCCACCACAUGCUGCGAACAGUGACUGACUUCCAGCUCCCGUACGACACCUGGUGGCUACACUACAAUGAUAUGCUUCCGAAGAAGGGUGAUGGGCAGCAGUACAGGAAGAUAAGAAACAACAUCUAUGUGGAUGCGCGUCCAUCGUGCCCUUAUGAGGCUCAUACCUGUAACUGUUCAGUGCCACUAGGCCAGGGAGCGAAAGGUUGUGGGGAGGACUGCCUUAACAGGUUGAUAUACUCUGAGUGUUUCACAGACAUGUGCCCCUGUGGUCCGGCCUGCUCGAACCAGGCCAUACAGAAGCGCCAGUUUGCCCCUGGACUCCAGAAGUUCCUUACUAAAGAACGGGGAUUCGGUGUCCGCACCAUCAAACCCAUCAAGGGCGGUGACCUUGUGACGGAGUAUGUGGGCGAGGUGGUGAGUGAGCAGGAGUUCCGGCGGCGGAUGACAGAGGAGUACUCCCAGGAGUGCCACCACUACUGUCUCAAUCUAGAUGGUGGCAUGGUCAUAGAUGGGUACCGCAUGGGUAAUGUGGCACGCUUCAUCAACCACAGCUGUGAACCCAACUGUGAGAUGCAGAAAUGGAAUGUGAAUGGUAUGUAUCACAUGUGCCUGUAUGCCCAGAAGGACAUCGAGCCUGGAACGGAGCUGGUGUAUGACUACAACUUCCAAUCCUUCAAUCAUGAUGCACAGCAAAUAUGCAAGUGUGGAAGCCAGGUGUGUAGAGGUUUAAUCGGGGGCCGGACCAAGGCUAAGGCUGCAGAGAAGGGCCUCUCUAAGGUGAAGGGCAAACAUCAGAAGGACAAAAGAAAGUCCAAGGUUAGACCUGACAAGAUUGGCGAAAACAACAAGCAUGUGUCAGCAGCCCAGAGCCAGAGUGCUCCUGUGUUCGGUAACCAACUGAUCCCCCCAUUCAUCUCCCAGCUGUCCAUCAAGAAGAAGGAGCGUCUGUAUGCCCGCAUGCACGCCAUUUUCCUGGUGAGAAACCUGGAUAAACUCAGACAGAAGUUCACCAAGGAACCGGUGGUCCACAAACAUGCCAACGAGGAGGACUAUGUGAAAGGCACGCACUUCACUAAGAAAGAUGUGAUAACGACCCAGUUGACAGCCCUGAAGACGUCUCGUUCAGUGAAGACCCGACGUCAGACCGUGGCGGAGGAGGACCUUGAGGUGGGCAAGAUGGCGCGUCUGGCCGGGGUGUGUCGUGAAAUAUUCUCUGCCAUCACUGCUGCUAAAGAUGAGGAUGAGAAUGUGUUGGCUAUCCCGGACCUGUACCACCUGCCCGCGCGGAAGAAGCACCCGUGGUAUUACCAGGUGAUCCAGGAGCCCAUUGACCUUACCAUGAUAGAGAACCGAAUACUCUCCGGGGAGUACACCUCACUUGACGACUUUGAGAAGGACGUCAUGAAACUCUUCAACAAUGUUGAGACUUACUGUGGUAAGAAGUCCAAAAUGGGUGACAAUAUGCGGCAACUGAGGGCAGUGUACAGUACAGCCAAGCAGUCCCAGAUGUACAAAUUACAGGAGAUCCUGGGGGCGGGGGAGGCUAGGGUUCCUGACCCUGGCCCAGGAACGGUGUUGGAGCCCCAGGGUGGGGCCAUGUCUGACUUGGAAGGAGGAGAAAACAUGCAGGUUGCCACGCCCACCAUGUCUGUCUCAUCUGAGUCUGACAUCAGUGAGGUCUCAGACAAUAAAGGAGAGUGGGUUGUGGAGGAUGAAGAGGAGGAAGUUAUCCGCUGUAUCUGCGGCAUCUACAAGGACGAGGGACUCAUGAUCCAGUGUGAGAAAUGCUAUAUUUGGCAGCACACAGACUGCAUGAAGGUAAAGGGAGAUGAGGACAACUACCUGUGUGAUGAGUGUGAACCACGGCCCAUAGACAGGGAGGUUGAGAUAGUUCCCAACUCUGAUGACGAGGAUGAAAUGCCUGAUGACGGGAACCGGUACUUUAUGACACUGAUGAGGGACGACAUGCAGAUCAGACUGGGCUCCUGUGUGUAUGUGAUGAAGGAGAACCAGUCAAAGAGGUACUCGUACAAGAAGUCGGGCGGACUCAACAAGGACAAGAUGGACAUAUUUAGGAUUGAACGUCUAUGGAAGAAUGACAAGGGAGAAAAGUUUGCCUUUGGCCACACAUAUGUCAGACCACAUGAAACUUUUCAUGAGCCAAAUAGAAAGUUCUUUCCAAAUGAGGUAUUCCGGACUCCUCUGUACGAGAUAUUUCCCCUGGACUCGAUUGUUGGCUACUGCUGCGUGCUUGACCUCCUGACCUACUGUAAAGGUCGCCCCAAGGGUCACCGGGAUGAUGACAUCUACAUCUGUGAAUACCGCAUGGACAAGACGCUCCACUUGUUCUACAAGAUCUCUCCGAAACAAAGGAUACCUGUCAACACCAAAUCCUAUUGCUUUGAAAUGUAUGAAAAGAGAUUAAACCCAAAGAGGACAUACUCUCCGCACGAAGUUCCAGAGUCUUACAAGCGAAACUGGCGGGAGAAAAGCACAAGCAGCACAGAGGGCGGUGAGAGGAAGGCUGACGGCAAGACUGCAGUAAAGGUCCAGCCGGGGAUAAACACUCCCAAUAUGAGGCAGACCAAGCGAGCCAAAGUGAACAAGAUAGUCGAGUCCUUGUGUACAGGCAUUACCUCCCCGAGCAAGAAGCGCAAUGACCUCUCCUACCUGCUCACUCAUCACCAAUAGACAACCCUGAUUACAUAUCGAUGACAUCAUUUCUCGAAUGGCUUGUUCUCAUUAUUAAUGUAGCACGACUUUGCAUUUAAUUGCCAAUUUAAAUUAUUGUUAUAAGCUUUAACAUAAAAUAAAAAUUGUUCAAGUGAGAUGUCAAUUUUAUGUCAUUUUAUGAACACCAAAAGUUAACAUUUUCACACAUGGCUGUGCUACUCAUUAAAAGGUUUCUUUUAUGCUCACUUAAUGAAAUAGAAUUGAUUCACCUCUGACACAAACAAUUUUACCCUAUAAAUUAAAUACCAGCCAUGGCCACACUUGACCACAAUGAGAUCCUCAGCUUCUGUUUGAAGUUUGAUUUAAUGAUCGAAGACUUUGCCUUGAUGUACCUGUAUUAGCCAGGGUUAUUGACAUUUACCUAAUUAUAAUCUCACUAUCUUCCUAAUUGAAGGAUUACACUCUGUCUGGAGUCUUCGGAAAUAAUUACUAAUAUAAGGUGCAGUGUGUGUAGAAUUAAAUAUACAUAUUCUUAGCAAGUAUUGUAACUAGGAGUGGAGAUUAAAACUGGUUCAUGUAUUUUGCUGCAGUAAUUACUCAAAACUUUCCAAUUAGCAUAGAUGUAUAAUCUCUUGCCAUCUUAACUUGCAUUGAGUUGCUUUAUAUUAAUUUCUGAUCCAAGUUCAAUUGUACAUUCGCUACUUUGUUGUGUUUCUCAGCAUAAAUUUCACUCAAACAGUUGAACCCUGAUGGCUGAAACUCCUGGAGACUGGCGAAUUAACCUGGAGCCAAGCCAGUUGGAGCCAACAGGGUUUGACUGUACAUGUAUUUAUUAUAUAAUUGACUUGUUGGUUAAAUAAUCAGCCAAAUCUGAAAACCAUUUGUACAAUGUAAAAUAUCAAUAGCUCCAAGCAUCUCUGUACAUAUGUAAAUAUUGUAAAUAUGUAUGUUAGCCAUGAUUUGUAAAUACAGCAAUGCCAAUGUAAAUAUCCGUCAUGUUCAUGUAUAUUCUGUGUUUAAGGAGGUAUUGUAUAUUUUUCUAUAGACAGCCAUAAGGAUCAGAACACUGGGGUGCAAUAUUAACGGGAGUUGUUUUGUACAUAGCCAUUUGUGUUAUGCCAUUUUGAACAAUUUGUAUCAUAGCCAUGUCAUAGUCUCUCUAUUUUGAAGCCAGCAAUCCUUCGAUAAUUGUUGAAUUGGAAGGAGAUUGAAGUAAUGUGUUACAGUUCUGAAAUAAUGUUAUAAUUUCUGAGUGACGCAAUAAAAUUUGCCAUUGUUAAGUAUAGUUCUAUGCAAGAUUAUGUUUUAGAAAGUUUUCUUAACAAAGUUGUUAGUGAAUUGUAGAUGUUUGGUCAUUGUUAAUGGUAUUACGAUGUACAUUGUAUCACUUGUCUCAAUUUACCACAUAUGUACAGGUUGUCCGAUAGUAAUAUAUAUAACAUGCAGUCUUAUAUCACCAAAGUUUGACCAGAAUAAAACCAUUGACUGUCUCUAGAUUAAAUACUGAGUGCCAUUAUGUUAUAUAUUAUAGUUGAUGGUAACAUGUUAACUGGUUAUGAAGAUGAGUGUUUUGUAUUUGCAUUUGUUAGAUUGUGUUCACAAUACUUAUGUUUGGUAUUAGAAAUUAUUUUCCAUAUAAAACAAGUGUUCAUUUAAAUAGGAUGUACAAAGUUGGAAUGUCCAUCAACAUAUAUAUACUGUGAAAUCAUUAAUGUUCGUGGGCAUGAAAUUUCGUGGUUUGCCGAAAAAAAACAAUUUCGUGGGUACUUGAAUUCGUGGAUUUUCAUUUUUGAAAAAAAAUAAAAAUCGAAGAUGCGAUCGUCCUAGAUCGUCUGCAUAAUAUCCACGCGCUGGCCCGUGAUUUCCGUCUUCUACGUCACUCGGUUUAUGACACUCGCUAAUGUGGUACGACAUGCCAAUUAGUGCAUAUACCCAUGUCACUUAUCGAUUUAAUUGGGAAUAAAGGUAAUAAAAGAAGAUGUACCCUGAUCAUAAAAACAGAUACGGGAAGCCAUUGAAUGCCAAUUAAGAAUUUUGCAAACUGUGAAAACACCGAAAAGGUGCGUAUAUUGUCACGUUCGGUGCUUAGUAACCUUCAAUAUACUAGUAAUCGAUUUAUUAUUUUAUUAAAUAAAAAAAUCGAGUAUGGACACGUGCUUAUAGCUGUCAUUUGCUGCAUAAAACACAUUUAAUUGAUUUGGUUGAUUAUUUGUUAAUGGCAGUUAUAAUAUAUUAACAGAAUAAUGAUCGUAAGUUAUACAGUGAGACAGGUUUUAACACUGUAUACUGCGACCUCUGUAAAGAAUAUACUAGAGUAUGUACGUAACAAGGCAAUUGAAAAAGUGAAUAAAGGGUUUAUAUUUCGUGGGAUCUUGAAUUCGUGGUUCACCCAACCCACGAAAACCACGAACAUUAAUGCCCCACGAACAUUAAUGAUUUCACAGUAUACAACCUGAAAAUAUUUUUAAUUCUGGACAUACUGCCAUUGACAAUGUUUGGCUUUUAUAUCUGUAAAUACUGUUUACAUGUUCUGGCAUAUUUUUAAAUGGCAGCUAUUUAUUUUGUUUUGUAUAUGAGCUUGAUGCUUGCAGCUUUCAUACAUUCUGUUGAAUUGGAUGCCUUUUUGUAAGGAGGGAGAAUGUGUUGUUUUUUAAAUAAAAUUGAUUUUAUUAACAUUUUAAUGUUUUAACCAGCAAUCUUCUUUAUAAUACCUGAAAAUGAAGUAUAUAUUCAGAUUCAGAGGUUUUAAAUGACAUCUUUGUUUAAACACAUGUAUAUGUAUAACUUACCUAUUUAGAGAUUCGAACACAGGUGUUUUAGCUGAAUAGUGUCUGUUAUCAAGAACAAGUUUCAGGGAGGGUAGUCCGGCAUUAUCAAACUAUUAUUAUUCUGCCAUACUUAUCAUAAUUAUUUACAUCUGAUAUUGGUGCUAGGAAAGGUUCCCAUACAAGUGUACGCAAAUCUUAAUUCUACUUGUAACCUGAUGUUUACUAAAAAACAUUCUUCUUUUAUUUUUAAAGCUUCGAUUUCUAAAACAAGGUACGCCAAUUAAAUACUAUUUACUGUUAAGAUAGUUUCAAGAUUCAUUAUGCUUUGUUUUUGACAUAAAAUGAUUAUUAACCUAUUUGAAAAAUGAUGAUUUACAGUUUCUAACAAUAUGAUUGGUCAUUAGUUUUGGUGUUUAGAAAACUACUAAUGCUGUCUUCAGAGGGGCUUAUUACUAUGUCAUGAAAUCCUUCAGCUUCACAUUUAUGUACAAAAUAUAAAAAAAAUAAUCCUAAAAUAUUACAGCAAUAUUGUUAAGUCUGGUGACUUCCUUUUUACAAUGUUUUAUUUUUAUGCAUCCAAAGGUGGGCAUAUUAAAAUCGCACCGUCCGUCCGUCCUUCCGUGUGUCCGGCUCAAUAACUCGUGUCCGGGCUGUAACUUUCCCUUCUAUGGACAGAUUUUAAAAUAACUUGCCACAUGUGUUCCACAUACCAAGACGACGUGUCGCAUGCAAGACCCGUGCCCCUACCUCAAAGGUCAAGGUCACACUUAGUGUUUAUUCACAAUGGAGUGCUGCAUAUAAGACAAAGAGUAUAGGUUGUCGUGUCCGGGCUGUUACUUUCCCUUGUAUGGACAGAUUUUAAAAUAACUUGCCACAUGUGUUCCACAUACCAAGACGACGUGUCGCGUGCAAGACCCGUGCCCCUACCUCAAAGGUCAAGGUCACACUUAGUGUUUAUUCACAAUGCAGUGCUGCAUAUAGGACAUAGAGUAUAGGUUGUCGUGUCCGGGCUGUUACUUUCCCAUGUAUGGACAGAUUUUAAAAUAACUUGCCACAUGUGUUCCAUAUACCAAGACAACAUGUCGCGUGCAAGACCCCUGUCCCUACCUCAAAGGUCAAGGUCACACUUAGUCUUUAUUCACAAUGGAGUGCUGCAUAUAGGACAUAGAGUAUAGGUUGUCGUGUCCCGGCUGUAACUUUCUCUUGUAUGGACAGAUUUUAAAAUAACUUGCCACAUGUGUUCCACAUACCAAGACGACGCGUCGCGUGCAAGACCCGUGCCCCUACCUCAAAGGUCAAGGUCACACUUGGGUGCUUAUUCACAAUGGAUUGCUGCAUAUAUAAGGACAUAACAGUGUCGGUUGUCAACUAUGGGUGGUAUUUUUUAUGUUUAGAGGCAAUUUAAAAUAACUUGCCAUAUGUAUUUGAAAGGCAAGAUCAACUUUUCAUGUACUGACCUUGUUCAUAUGUCAAUGUCACAAUCGGGGGCAUUCGUCACAUACUGUGACAGCUCUUGUUCUAAAUGUGUUGUGAAAUAUUUUUAUUGUUACUUUUCCGGAGAUAAUUUUUAUCUUUUCUAGCCUGUUUAGCAUGUAGAUUUUCUUCUGUUGAUCAUAUCAUCUCAGUCUCAUAUUGCUUAUUUGUAUGAACAGUUUUAUUUAAUACUGCCUGUUAAGUCACAAAGCAUUUUGUGUGAGCAGAUUUUCAUUGUUAUUUAUAAAAUUUGUUGUGAUGAUUACACAAAAAUAAAGAUUUAAAACUGAU